AUGUCUGGAUAUCAUGAGAAUCAUCUGGUGUCUGGUACAUCAGCCGUACACUCCCUCACAAGCCCACACCCGCUCCCGCACCAACUCCCGCACCAGCACCAGCCCAAGCCGACCACCAGCGUGCCUCCCUACCUGUCACCACCCAAUCCAGCCGCUGCACACACACCGCACGCCCUCGCCCACAAUGGACGGGCACCCGGCUCGGCCGCUGCAUAUACUGCCAGUGCCCACGACAGCCUGACCACUGCCCUGCAGGUCCCCAUCACUCCCCGCGGCAUCGUAAACACCCCGUCGCAGCAUCAGCAUCAGCAUCAACAAGGCCACCAAUCGCCGCCGCAGUCACAACACGUCAGGUCCCAGACAGGCCAGUACUCUUCACCCGGAAACCAUGCCGCCUCUGCCAGUCCCCAGAGCCAGCAGGCGCCGACGCCCGCUGCUUCCACCUCCUCCGCACAUGGCAAGAAGAAUACCAGGAUACCAAGGGCUUGUGAUCUGUGCAGCACGCGAAAGGUUAAGUGCGAAGGAGGAACGCCUCCGUGCGCGCCUUGCAGGGACCUCGGCGUCCCAUGCACAUACGACCGUGUCAAGAAGCGGCGCGGCCCUCCCAAUCGAGCUGCCGAGGCUGCGAGGCAGGCUGAGAAACGCCAGAAACUCGAAAUCGAUGCUCUGAGCGACUCAACGCCACCCCAUCAGAAUGCCGCCCAGGCCCUGGUCUCUCUGGGCACCCCCGGAACGCCAACAGUCAUGGACGCGGAGCAGUGCAUCGCGCCUCUCGGCAUCCUCAAGCUCUUUGUCGACGAUUUCUACACGUACAUAUUUCCCCUUGUGCCGUUCCCUCACGAACCUACCUUCCGUGCGCAGUUCGAGAGACGCGAGGACCGUACAAAUCCCGACUUUCUGGCCUUGUUGGCAGGCAUGGUCGCCGCCCUGGUGGCGUCUUUCCCGAGGUCGGCACGCCUCCAUCUGAAGGCUUCACACAGCUACGAGAAAUUCCCUCGAUCUAUAAUGCUGGUCGACCGUUGUGUCAAGGUGGCCCUAGACAUGCGAAAUUCCGAGACGAUGCUCAAAGAUACGGUGACCGUGAAUGAUGCCGCCGUUAGUUAUUUUGUUUGCCUCGGAAUGGGCUACACCAUGCGUUGGAAUCAGUGCCGUCGCUUCAUGGGAGAGUGCCUACGCUUUUUACGCGAGAUGGGAUUCCACAGGAGGAGACCCCCGCCAACUUCUCUUUCCCUGGAUGAGCGCAAUGACGACCAGCCUAAUGAUUUUAUCACGGAAGAAAUUGGAAAACGCAUCUACUGGACGCUCUUCUUUGGUGUUCGGUCCAUGACCCAGUUAGGUGCUUCUUCUCGUGACUUGAUCGUCCCACCUGCCACACCGAACACGUCAUACCCUGACUGGCCUCGAGAGGUCGACGAUGCGUACAUUUUACCAGACAGGAUCCUGCCUCAGCCCGAGGGUACCGUUUCUAUCUUGACUGGGUUUGUGAGGUGCAUCCAGAAUUAUCAGACCAUGGAUGACCUUGUGCGCAUAGAGCUCGCACACGGCACGUCGGCAUACACCUGGGAGCAGCAGAAGCACUAUUUGCAUGAAUCUCUGAUCAAGGUCAAGGCUGUUGAGGCGCAGCUUCCACCAGCUCUGAAGCUUGACCUGAGGGCCCACACGCCCACGAAAACCUAUGCAAAACUUGUGCAGAAGACCUCGAGCGAUGCCUCGACUUACCAAUACGUUCCUCCUGCCUACCCAAAUACUCAGCCGACCAACGAUGUCCGCCACCUGUUUGCGGCCGAUGAGAACAAAAAACGCUACCUGCAGUACGAGAUACAAAAGGCCAACCUGUAUGCCUCAAUUGUGGCUACGCGGUCCCAUUAUGUCGAGCGGUAUAUGACUCUUCGCGACAUUUAUCUCGUGAACAGGCGUGCUGAACAAGCCCGUCUGAACGGCCCCGGGGGCAGUGUUAUCUACAGGACAGCCCCCGACAUGUCUUCCUCGUCACUAGCCGCAGCGGCUGUACAGGCUGUCAGCGGGCAGAUCAACGACAGCAUCGACGACAUGUUCUUUGCGGAACGUGAUGAGGUCGUGCACAACUUCUUCACAGUGUUAAUGUCGAUCGAUCAGCACAACAUGGAGCCCAAUGGGGCCUCGCUCAUCACAAAGAUCCGGCAAGUUGCAAGCACGCUACUUGGUGAUCCAGAUGAUCGCAAGCGCUCGUAUGAGCUCCAGAACGAGGAGUAUUUGAGAGUAUUUCUGGAGAUUUUGACACGGCUAGAAAAGACGGGCACCGGCACGGGUCCCAGCCCUGGCGGGCACACGGGCGGCACGAUGACCAGUGAGGAUGAGGAGCAAGAGCUUCGCAGCUGGGCUGAUCUACGUGAACAGCAGCAACAGAUGGCUCGGAUAGCUUUCAUCUGA